AUGGUCGACGAUCAGAUGGUCAUAUCGGGCGAAGAGCAAAUCGAUAAAGCGACGGCGUCGUCAUCGACUCGAAAACCAACGCAUGCUGAGCCACAGAGUCUAAGUCUUAGCCAGGGAGCGGAUGAUAAAUCGGAUGAGGCGAGCGAUGAGGAUGAUGAUGUCGAUGUCGAUGUCGAUGAUGAUGGCUGCAAUGGCUGCACAAAUCCGGCCAUCAAUAGUGCCGACAACAGUCAAGCGCUGGACGACAGCAUUGAGAGUCCAUCGCCACCGCAUCAUCUCGCAGCUGCUGCAGCAGCGGGAACAGCGGGAGCGUCAUCAUCGAGCAAUGGCCGAGGACAGCUGAAGGUGGAGUCAUCGGAUGUCUAUCAAAUUGUCGAUGAGCUGCGUCGGAAUACGAAUCUCAGUUUCGAUUUGUCGUGCAAGGCAUUGCGUGUUGUGUUGACCAGCCUGGAGGAGUUGUACAAUGGCGCCAUCAAUCCGUAUCUGGAGCCAGUUGCUGUCCAUGUUACCGGCAAAGUGCCGACGUCCAAGGAGCUGCUGGGCAUCACACACGAUGCGAAGCGUUUGCAGUAUUUGUUUAACCAGUUGGCCGAUUGCAAGAACGAUACGGAGCAGCGCAAUUGGAUGCUCUACGAAGAUGAUGAGGAUAUUAUACAGUUUCUUGAGGAACUUGUCGAAAUACUGAACAAUGCGGAUGAGAACAUCAGUUGCUAUGAGAUGUCGCGCGAUCAGUAUCAGAUGUUCAUCAAUCUGGUGCAGUACUAUCAGAUGGAGAGACGCUGGUCCAUCAAACGCCUCCUGCUUCAGACCUUCACAGCUGCCUGUCAUCUUGAUCACAUUAUCGUCGACAUUCUGCUAACUUCACUGCUGCCACUCGAGAUUGUCAAAGACAUGAAGGCACACUUUGCCGAUCUGGAUCUGUUUAAGCAGCUGGUCAAGAUGCUAACCAUAAUAUUCUCGUUGGGCCAGCUGAUGCCUGUGAAUCAUCAAGAUUAUUUGGGCGUGCACUUUGCCAGCUUGCUUGAAAUAGUCGAGGGCAACAACCCGGAGGUGCUGGUGGAUAUGGUGAUCGCUCUGAUACUGGCAUUCAAUCAGCAGUUUAGCGAGCAUGCGGUGAAUGUGAUCAUCGAAGCCAUGCAGAAUCGGCCCACAGCCAAAGUGUUCACCGAGAAGCUCUUGUUGCUGCUCAAUCGAGAAGAUGAUCCAACGCGACUGCUGAAGCAUCACAAUGAGCACAUGAACACGGUGCUGCGCAUGUUUAUUGACAUCUUCAGUAAUCCGGAUACGGCUGGCAUGUUUUAUACAAACCAUAUCAAUGACCUCAUCGAUAUUGUGGUGCGUCAACUUUCCGAUCUGGAUGCGGGCAAUUUACGUCCGUGCUAUUUGGAGCUGUGUCGUCGCAUUUUGCGCAACACAAACUAUCAGGACCAUCAGCAUCGCAAGCACGAUCUCAUGAAGAUCUUUAUGCGCAUCUUUUGCGAGGAGACCGAAUGCAGUGCAUCCGAUCAGCAGUUGGUGCGCGAAAUCGCCAACGAAUUUCCCCAAUUGUUUAAAGACAGAGCCAGAAUCUAGAAUUGCAAACAGAAAAAACACAACU